CCAGAACAUAGAAAAUUAGCUAGUUUUUGCAGAUGAAAAUGGGAGAACCUGAAAGAUGUGGAUAGUGCCUAUAGCUAAUGGUGUUGCACUGAAGUCUUAUGAUCCAGAACUUGUGAAAAGCAAAACAUCUGGCGCAAGCCUGGAGGAGUUUUCAAGGUCCCAGCUGAGUAUUCAGAAACUUGCUAAGAGUAUCUUAAAUCUUGAGAAGAAAUUAGCAGCUGCAACAGCAGGUGACGAGUCUACAUCGAAUGGAUCUCACAUUGCCAUGAAGGUAAAGAAUGCAGAGCCAACUACCAAAAGAAAACAUCUUGUGGUUGUAGGUAUCAACACAGCAUUUACUAGCCGAAAACGACGAGAUUCGGUUCGUGCAACUUGGAUGCCACAAGGUGAAAAGAGAAAGAAGUUGGAGGAAGAGAAAGGAAUAAUCAUUCGAUUCGUUAUCGGACGCAGCUCAACUCCUGGCAGUCUACUAGACAAGUCACUUGAUGCAGAGGAGCUUGAACAUGGAGACUUCCUGAGGCUGAAUCAUGUUGAGGGAUACCUCGAAUUAUCGGCCAAGACGAAGACAUACUUCGCCACUGCAGUUACUUUGUGGGAUGCUGAAUUUUAUGUCAAAGUCGAUGAUGACAUCCAUGUGAACUUAGCUGCGCUCGGGACGACCCUGGUUCGACAUCAGAAUAAACCUCGGGUUUAUAUUGGUUGUAUGAAGUCCGGACCUGUCCUAUCUAAAAAAGGAGUAAAGUACCACGAACCGGAGUAUUUGAGAUUCGGGGACGAGGGAAACAAGUAUUUUCGUCAUGCUACAGGACAGUUAUAUGGAAUCUCAAAAGAUUUAGCUACUUACAUCUUGCAGAACCAGGAUGUGCUGCACAAGUAUGCCAAUGAAGAUGUUUCAUUAGGAUCUUGGUUUAUUGGUUUAGAUGUGGAGCAGGUGGAUGAUAAGAAACUAUGUUGUAGCACCCCACCUGAUUGCGAGACGAAAGCUCUUGGAGGUGAAGUUUGUGUUGCAUCGUUUGAUUGGAGAUGCAGCGGGAUCUGCAACUCGGUCGAAAGGAUGAGGGAAGUUCAUCAGAAGUGUGCUGAAAAUGAGACUUCUUUAUGGACUACAAGCUUUUGAAUUGUGAGGAGAAGACUCAUCAGACAAGGAUUUCAAGGACUUGAGAGAAUGAAAGCAAAAAUGUUGUACUCAUUUUUUGUCUGCCUUUGAUUCAAGUUGGAGUUGAUCUGAUAUAGGUUUUUCUUAUCUAUAUGUUAUACAGAGUUGGAAGUAAACUAGUAUUGUAUUUGCAGCUUUAAGCUCCU